CAGGAGCUGUGAAGAAUGCCUGAAAAAUGUCACUGUGAGUAGCAGCAGUGAGGCUCCCAGCCUCUCACCAUGCUGAAAAAGUUUCCUUCCUGGAAGCAGGGCUGGUCCCCUGCCCUUGUCCCAGACAUGCUGCAAAUUCCACCCACCUAUGAGGGUGAGAGGGCAAUCCCUCUCUGGUGCUCUGGAAGGAGGUUGCUAGAAACUGGGUGGGUUUUGUUGUGUGCUUUUCGAUUAGAGUAAUGGAAUCGCUGAGCUGCUUCCUGAUGGAUGGACGAUGUGCUUGGAGAAGGGACUGAGUGGGCUGGGCUGGCUGGUCAAGUUCCCCUCCAGCAGCUGGGCCGUGGCACUGGCUGGGUGCAGGAUGUGUGCUGGUGUCCUGCCAGUCCCUGCUGCCUUAUCACAGAUAUCAGCACACUUGAACUUGAGUCAGAUCUUGCAGCUGAUGUAGCCAGAACCAGUUUGACCAAACCCCUACUGAAUGCUGGGGUUGGGGAUUGGAGCCACCAGGAGAGGAGCAUGCAAAGCUCCGCAGAUGGUCUGUAGUGGCUGGGCACAUGCACACCUCUCCUGCUCAUCAGCUUUGUGUGUGUAGAGCGCUUUGUCUCAAAGGCUUUCUUCUUAUCUCAAAAAUAAACGUAAAGGAUUUGCGUUAUUAAUGGUGGGAUUCUUAAGGCUGUCCUGGGCAGGGUCAGUAGUUGGCUCGAUGAUCCUUAUCAGUCCCUUCCAGCUCAGGACAGUCUACAAUUCUAAGCCAGGAGAAGGAUUCUCAGCAUCUUUACUUGCUCUAGAGCUCUGCACUCCCCUCUCCUGCCUCUCCUGGUGUGAUCUGUGCUCACACAGCUCUUACUCCUGAGCGCCCUGUUGCUGCUGGGUGCUGUCUCGUGAGCCAGCAGAGGUGGCCCUGUGCUGUGGCUGCCAAGCAAAGCGAGGGUCGCUGUCAGUGCAGCAGUAACGCUGUGCUGCCUGCUCCUGUGUCCUAGUGCCUGUGGUGUGCCAGCAGCAGGAGGUGCAUGGAGUACCCCGUCCGAAGAAUCCUCCCGCCGGCCGACCUGUGCGAGCUCCGCUCGGCGCGCUGGGGAGUCUGCUGGGUGAACUUUGAAGCCCUGAUCAUUGCAAUGUCCGUGGUGGGAGGAACACUUCUGAUCAUGUUGGGGGUCUGCUGCUGCUGCUGCUGUUGCAAGAAAAAGAGCAAAAAGCCAGACAAGGAUGACGAGAGAGCAGCCAGGGAGCGGGAGAAGAGGCGGGUGUGGCAGGAGGAGAGGAGAGCGGAGAUGAAAUCACGGCAUGAUGAAAUCCGAAGAAAAUACGCUGCUGCCCACUGCAGGUCCAGGUUAGGCAGGAGAUUCCAGGGCCUCUGGAUGGGCUGGAUCCUUUAGGAAAGAAAGAGCAGGCAAAGCUGUGCCUGAAGGAGCUCUUGGUAUGGGAAGCAUCUGCCUGUGGAAGGGCUGUGCUCUGGGUCUGUCUUGCCAUGUCAGAGUUGUCUUGCUGCAGCCUGACCCCAGAGUUUGCAAUCUUGUCCUUUGUGGCUCUUCUUCAGAAGUGUUGAGCUGGGAAAGCAUCAAACAGCAUGGCACAUGGCUUGUUGCUAGCCCAAAAGUCAGCCCCAUACCCUGCCUUGCCAUUUCCCAGUCUCGAUGCAGGAGCAGGGAAGCAAGUCUAAGAACAGUUUUAAUUUCAUUUGGGUCUGGGCUCUUUGCUUGUAAUCCAGUCUGACAGAAGGGCUGUGUAGAGGGGAGAGCUCUGGAAGAUUAGGCAGGCUGCUUUAC